AUGCCCCCCAAGCUGCGCCGACGAAAGAGCGCCGUCCUCAACCCAGCCGAGCCAGAGAGAUGCGUGACGCCCAGACCCCGCAGUCUGGACGACAAGAGGGACGCCCUGCCACUCGACCCUGCGAUCGGCGCCACUCUGAAAGAAGAGCAAGCCGCCGCAGGCCGAGCAAGAGAGAUACGGCACAUCUACGAGCGCUGCAAGGUCCCGCUCAGUGGGCGGAGACGACUCCUGAUAUUUGAUCUUGACGCGAACACCUCCUGGUGGGACCCGAAGGAUCUUGGCCCGCUGAGCAUUCUUGCCAUUGGCGUCCUGUUCGUUGCGGUCCUGUAUCUUCUGCUCCUGGCCUCAACCGCUGCGGAGUGCGCUUCAAUCGACCGUGUUGGCGUGCGCGCCAAUUUUACCAAGGCCAUCCCUGCUGUCCACCAGUUCAAACAGACUACCAUCGGGAUGCGCACAGCCUACGAGAAGUUUGAACUUGCCCUCGACUCAGACCCAGCCAUCGCAAUUUGCCAGACGGUGGUGCCGCUCCCAGAGGUUUACAGCAAACUUCAGUCAGAGUUCAAGGCCACAGCAUCCCCUUAUUCUACAACCGCGUUUGGCCGGCUGACGUCCAUGCUCUCGACUUGGUCCGGCGCAGCUCUCACCAACACGUCCUUACCGUCACCCUCCUCCCUCGUCCGCGCCGCUAUCAAAGAAGUCGGCACGCUCGCCGCUCAAAUCCACGCCUUCGAGGAUACAAUUCCCCAAAAGCUGCUCUACGUCCUUAUGAGGCAACUUACCCCAGUAUGGGACUCGGUGCGCUUUUCCAGAAAGCUGGACGAUAUCAGGUAUAGACUCAUGCCCCCCUCUGUGGGAUCACAUCUGCCCUGGUAUCAGCGCCGCCAAGAGGAGGCUGCGAUCGAACGACGACGUGGCGAGGAUCUGAAGGCGUGUGAGGUGGCACUGACACGACUCAACGAGGUCCAUGCCACAGAGCCGUUGCGGGAUGUGCUCGAAAGUCUGUUCGCGCUCGAGGUCUUCCUGGAGCGUGCAGUGCCGUUUGUGGGCAUGCUUGCUUGCAGUGAUAGUCGCCAUCGAAAUCUCAUUGCUGGUAUUGGAGGUAUGGGCACUACGAGCAGGUCAAAGGAUGUGGAGAUGUGGGCGCAGAUCAGGGAUGAACUGACCUCACUCGACAUUUCGUACAAUGCGGUGAAGAAGCAGAGUGAGGCUCCUGCGUCUGAUGGGAAUACGACGACCGUGAUCGUCAACCUCGUCGAUGAGGUGGUUGUGGGCGGGCCCUUGUCGUAG